AUGUUCCAGCACGAAUUACCAUCCAUACCUGACCUGUCAUCUCAAUAUGCUGACCAAUGGGAGAUACCACGCGAAUCAUUGAAAAAGAUACGUCUUUUGGGUCGUGGAGCAUUUGGUGAAGUAUGGGAAGGCAUAUGGAACAACAGUGUGUCUGUUGCUAUUAAAUCGAUGAAAGAAGGCACGAUGUCGAAAGCUGCCUUCCUAGAAGAAGCUGCAAUAAUGAAAAAAUUAAGUCAUCCUAAGUUAGUGCAAUUGUACGCUGUCUGUAGUAUGGAAGAGCCAAUAUAUAUCGUUACAGAGUUAAUGAAACAUGGCAGCCUAUCAGAUUACUUACAAAAGGAUGGCCGUGAAUUAAAAUUGCCUUCAUUAAUCGAUAUGAGUGCUCAAAUUGCACAUGGAAUGUCAUAUUUGGAAUCACAAAACUACAUUCAUCGAGAUUUAAGGGCCCAAAAUGUUUUAGUUGGUGAAAAUAUGGAUUGCAAAAUUGCUGAUUUUGGCCUAGCUAGAGAUGAUUUGUAUGCCAAAGCCCAGAGUGGAAGUUCUAAAUUACCUGUUAAAUGGACAGCACCGGAAGCUAUAUUAUACAAUCGUUUUAGUGUUAAAUCUGAUGUUUGGUCAUUUGGCAUAUUACUUACUGAAUUGGUUACCUACGGACGAAUGCCUUAUCCUGGACAGACUAACGCUGAAGUACUACAACAAGUUGAAAAAGGCUAUCGUAUGCCAAAACCUCCUGGUGCACCGGAUGCAUUAUACAAUAUUAUGACAAACUGUUGGAAAGAGAGUGCCGACGAAAGACCUACCUUCGAAACCUUACGAUGGCAGUUAGAAGAUUUCUUCCACACUGGAACGUCGGAUUAUACAGAAUCUCUUGGUAUCCGAUAA